GGGGUUGUGGGCGGGGCAUAGCCGCGUGACGGUGACGCAGCCGGGCGUGAGGAGACCAUAGAGACUCGGAACUUUUGCGCGGAGGCCGGAAGUGAGUUGGGAGUGCGGGCUCGGCGCUGAAGCCGCUGAGUUAGGGCCGUGGAAGUGAGGAGCCGACCGGCGGGGGCGGCGAAGAUGGCGUCGUUCGUUACCGUGCAGCUGAAGAAGGCCUCGGAGGUGGACUUGGCCAAGCCGCUGUGCAAGUUCAUCCAGCAGACGUACCCCGGCGGGGAGUCUCAGGCCGAGCACGUCCGCGCCGCCGAGGAGCUCCACAAGCUGCGCAAGAGCGCGCUCGGGCGCGCGCUCGACAAGCACGAGAGCUCGCUCGAGACCCUCCUGAGGUGAGCGAGCGGGGGAGGGGGAGGGGAGCAGGCGCGCGCGCGUUGGCGGCGGCCGUUGGCGGGGGAGGAGGGGGGGAGAGAACAGGUGAGGUGACGGCGAGAGUGACGCUGCGCUGCGGCCGCGCCCUCAACCGGCGAGCCGGAGCCGUUGGGCCUCUGCUCCAGGCGGGGAAGCCGCGGGCUCGCAAACGUCCCGAGCGCUUCGUUUUUCUCAGACACGGUACAAAAAAAAAAAAGUUGUUGCCGGCGGAUCAAAGUUAACGAGACAACCUCUCGGCGCAGGGUUUGCACUCCUCCCCACCCGCCGUCUGGGAAUGUGCUUUUAAACGAAUUUUAACCGAUACUCUUCCUCGUACUUUACCUUCCGCCCUCUUACACAACCCAGAGAGGGAGGCGCCUUCUCCUUCCUUCUCUUCGCCUUCGGGUUUUUUUUUAUUAUUAUUAUCAUCGUACAACUCCGGAGAUCUUGUUCCUUUAAAAGAGUGUUUAUUCCGGAGUGGCUGCUCCGAAAUAGGCGCCGCUCCGUGUCUGUGCUUGUCAUCGAUAACUCCCCCCAACCGGCCUCUAUGCUCUUUUCUUGCUUUGCCGUUUCUCAAAGCCUUCCUCUUCCCAAAGUGCAUCGUUUCGAACGGAGGGCAAACGUCCCAACAGGGCGAUCCGAUGCAGGUUUCCUUGGAAAUGAAUCGCUGUGUCCAGUGGCAGCUUAUCCUCCAGCAAAUGUGUUCAGAAAAUGGUGCCCAAGGCUUUCCAUAACGGGCGGAGCGGGGCGGGGGGGGGGAGCAUCUGUCUUUUCUCAUGGACUCCGGUGCCUUUUCGGUUGGGCCUGGAUUAUAUGGGGAUCUGUUAGCUUUUCGGCAGGGAACAAAACGAUUGCAGGUGGGAAAUGUGUAGGGAAAAGAUGGGGAAGCAUUGAAGGUGAGAGGAAUGCUGUCGAUGGUAAAGCAAAGGAACUUCCGUGUGUCAUACAGAAGUUUAUACUGCGGGAGAAAUUGAUCCGGAAGGCCCUGCACAAAGCAGCAGAUUUAGGUGUGUCCCUGCUGCCCAGACUUUGACAUAGGGUAACACGGCCUGGCAUAUGAAACUCUGGGCUGCUGUUAGCAAUGCCCUGUUUUGUAAACACUACAGUAAAGCUAUAUUUUCCCGUCUUCUGCUGCUUGGCGUUCUGAACUUGAAUGCUGCGCAGUAUGAGUGAAAUAGUGCAGAUUAAUUAUGCUCCAUUUUGCAAACAGGGCGGCAACCUAAGAGAAGUCCUUUUAAACUUUUUGGAUAGUCACUUCAUACUCUAGGUAGGAGAACCUGUUUUUCUGCUUUAUAAUUUUUUAUAAAUGGGCCAAGAACUCCAGCUGUCCCAAUUCCCAUAAGAUAAUUUUAAAAGGAUAUUAUCAGAAUGAAAGAAGAGUUUAUAAAUGAUAAUGCCAUUAAAAAUUAGGGUGGAUUGACUUACAUAAAGUUUCCCAUUUUGAAACUUCAUAUAGUUUUUGAGCAAGCAUGUAUUCUAAAUGGUUGCUCUUAACAAUUCACACACUUUGUUUAGCAAUAUUCUCCCCAUUCCUCCCCCCUGGCCAUCCCUAAAUAGGCAUGAGGGGGGUUGGGAGAACCCCCAGAACAGCACCUGGAGGGAGUAGAAGGGGAAUUGUUCCACUAGGUAAGCAGAAAUGCUUGUGAUCUCCUUAGUGCCAUGUUGAAUUCCUCCCUUAGACUUUAGCUACCUAGUGGCUUCUGGCAUGGUGUUGAAUACCGUAUUUUUCGCUCUAUAAGACGCACCAGACCACAAGACGCACCUAGUUUUUGGAGAAGGAAAACAAGAAAAAAAAUAUUCUGAAUCUCAGAAGCCAGAACAGCAAGAGGGAUCACUGCACAGUGAAAGCAGCAAUCCCUCUUGCUGUUCUGGCUUCUGGGAUAGCUGCGCAGCCUGCAUUCGCUCCAUAAGACGCACUCACAUUUCCCCUUACAUUUUAGGAGGGGAAAAGUGAGUCUUAUAGAGCAAAAAAUACGGUAAUCCCAGAAUUUUGGUUUUGGGUGAUUUCAGCAUUUACACUGAGACCACCCUGGGUAGACAAUCUUUAGAUAUCAUCUGUGUCAUGAUGUUCAUCAGCAACCCAACAUAUGAAACAGGACCUGAUUCCCCCUUCACCCCCUCCCCCAGGCGAGCAUCAGGUUCAUAGUGGACUGGAUGGGAUAAUGGUUACCCUAUUGCCAUAGUCUGACCUGGGAAGAUUUGGGCUGAUGGGAACCCCUAUUAUGAGAACAAGAAACUGGUAUUGACUGGAUGGGUCCAGGAAGUAGCUAAUGCCUUGCUGCAGGAAUUGGUGCUACCAGCUACAUUGAACAUGCCUGGAUCCAGAAGAUGAACUUUGUUGCAAACAUCCCCACCUUCUUGAGGAAAGUGGCUGCAACUUCAAGGGUGCUUGUAGGAAGCUUGUUAUUUCACUACAUUUCAAACUGGCCUAAUGCCUGGUUUUAGCAGCAAAACUGCUUUAGUAACUCUUGAUUGACUGUCUUGGGGGAAAGACAGAAGGAGUACUGUCAGCCAUGAGGGGGCUGGAGACUCAAUGUUUCCGUGGUUUGGCUUCAGCAUACGGGGCCAAAUACAAAGAGUGGCAGUGAGGAGGUGUGUUUGCUUACUUGCCCUAUGGCCAUUUUGUCCUAUGCUCUUCUGAUUUGUGUAUGAAGCCAUCAGGAGUAGGCACCUGGAGAUUUGCAGCAAAGUGCCACCAAUAAUUGAGCAACAUUCAGCUGUGUUUCUUGCAUAAUCUGCAUUUGGUGAAUGCGCUGUGCCUUUUUUUAGUGCAUGGAUGUAGUAAUGGCUUUAAUUGAAGCCAAUAAGCUGAAAAUGAAUCCUGAUAAGUCAGAAGUUCUAUGGUGUGGUAUUACUCAAAUACGGGAAAUGGGAACAUACUCUAUUCUUAAUGGGGUGCACUCCCUCUAAAGGGCCAGGUAUGUAGAUUGGACUCUCUGACUCUCUUUCUGUGCACUCUGUCACUUGAGGCCCAAGUAGUCUUCAUGAUAUGGAUUGUCUUUCUCCACCUCCAGCUGGUUCACCAGCACCAGCUGUUGCUAGACAGGGGUUGCCUGGCUAUGUUUCUGUCACCUGAUGCCUAAAUGAUAGCAAUGAGGUCUCUAGGGGAAGCGCCACCACAGGAAACAAAAAAUCCACCCACAGUACUGUAGGUGGUGGUGUCACCCAGAGAUAAGCCUCAGUGGGUGGGUUGAUACAGUUAGCCAUUACAACAAAUAUCUGGGUCCUAAGCUUUUUUGGGCUUCAGAUGUCAUGUUUAGCAUUUUGACUUUAAUUAGGAGCCGGUGGAGUUGUUUCAAUACAGGCAAGCUGUGAUCUGUUCGGAUGAUCCCUGUUAGUGAUGUUGCCACACUGUUCUGGACCAGCUGCAGUUUCCAAGCAGUCCUGAAAGACAGCUGCACAUAAAAUGCAUUUCAGUGGCCCAGCCUGAAAGUUUUCAAGGUGUGAAUAACUGGCUAGGCACAUACAAACUUGUUUUCCAGAAGUAACUCUGGAAAAUGCUCUUUUUCUGUUAUUAAUUGGGAAAAGAAACUGCCUAGGUAAAAAACAAAGCAAAGGUUUUCCUGUUUUAAAAUAAACAAAAAAGUGAGCACAUGAUUUUUAAAAAAAUACAGUACUGCUUUAUUUCAAAUGCUUGGUUUGAAACUAAUGCUGCUGUAAAAUAAAGAUUCAUAAAAAGAAGAGCCAUAGUCCACAACCUGUUGCUCAUUCACUGAAGUAAUUUAGUGACUGAUCUGAAAGUGUUUUUAGUGGUUAUAUUAAAAGCAUUUUUACCUAAAUAUGGAUCAAUAUAUUGAUAUAAUGUUGCUAAAAUUGCAGUCUGUAAACAUCUGCAGAAUGCAAAAUAGUUACCUCUGAAGUGCUCACAUCUAACUUAGAUCAUGUAUGAUCUAGUUGAAAUUCCUGCAUUGUUGUUUUCUUGGUAUGUUGAUAGUCACUUUAUGACUUUUUAUAAAGCAAACAUCACUCUUAUUCUUAUGCAUAUUUACUUACUUAUUUCAGAUACUAUGAUCAGCUGUGUUCCAUAGAGCCAAAAUUUCCAUUUUCUGAGAAUCAGGUAAUGCAUUAUGUCUCGUUAAACAUUGUUUUGAUAGGCAUUGAAAUGCCCCAAGAGCGGCAUGAAACUGAGUGGAUGGCAGUUUCUGUUCAUGUGUAUGAGACUGAAGUCUUAUCCUUGAAGAACAAUAGCAACCAUUUUAUAGCUGUUGUAUACGUGGAAAGAGGGACCGAUGCUUUGAAGCAAACUGGCUUCACAAGCGAUUUGUAUGUGUAUAAUUAAAUGACUCCCAUUAAAAUUAAUGACAGUUCAAAUAACUUUACUGUGUUCAACAUGCUUAUAGUUAUUAAUUUGGAGUGGAGGCUGCAAGUCCAGAUGUGCUUUUGCUUGAUAGAAGAGAUUGAGAAAGAUUGCUGUGAAUGUGUUCAGAGCCCCCAUUUUCAUCAGACCAUUGCUGUUUUCCUGACAAUUUGUUCUGCAUUUUGCUUAAUAAUGUAAUUCUUACUUUGAGCUUUAAAACUUUUGUCUGCAUUUGGCAUGUAUAUUUCUGCUUAGAUUUUCUUGGAACGCCUGCAUCAAUUACCCCUCCCCCCCCCCAAAAAACCUGGUACCCUCCAUGUGUUGUUGGACUACAGUUCUCAUCAUCCCUGACCUUUGGCUUUGUUGGAUGGGGUUGAGGAGCCUUGGAGUCCAGUAACAUAUGUAGGGCAAGAGGAUGGGGAAGACUGAUCCAUAUCUUUCUUAAAACUGGAAAUUAACUUUCUGUUCUCAUACUUACAGAUCUGUGUAACCUUUACCUGGAAAGAUGCUUUUGACAAAGGGUCGCUCUUUGGAGGAUCUGUCAAACUUGGUAAGCUUCUCCUAUGAAAAUGAAAUCUGAGUUAAAUUGUAUAGUAUUGAGAUACAGAAAAAUAAGUGAAAUUUGUACAGCCUUUCAGUUCCAUGUUUUCAGUCAUCAUUUUAAAAGAUCAAUAUUUGAAAGAAGCCAUAUAUUUAUAUUUACCAGCUAGCUGAGUGCAAGCAGGGGAUUCCUGAAAAUGUAAUUCUAUACACAGAAUGCAGGCAUAUGUUCUCUAUAUCAAGGUUGAGUUAGGUUUUUUUUUUUUUUAAAAAAAAGUGCAUUGAGGCAUUUCUAAAGUAAUUAGAAUAUUUAUACUUGCAAAAUGUAUACUUUCCAUGCACAUUUUCUUUCAGCUUUGGCAAGUUUGGGCUAUGAAAAGACUUGUGUGCUGUUCAAUUGUGGAGCAUUGGCUAGCCAGAUAGCAGCAGAACAGAAUCUUGACAGUGAUGAAGGAUUGAAAGCUGCUGCUAAACAUUAUCAGGUAUUUCUUUUUCUCUCUAACAUAUGAUUGAAAUUGCUAUUAGUUGUCUUGAAAUUUGGCCAUGUAUGAUUGAUUCUAUGUUCAAAAAGCUACACCUUGGUUGUGGGACAAUGACCUUUCAUUCUUGGACAAGGUGGUGAGAAAUAUAUAGUGGGUUUAUUCACUUUGAAACACAGCAAACCUGGAUUUAAGUUGUAGCUUUGCCAUAUAUAAAUUGGCUGCCCUAGGGCAUCAUGCUACAUUUCAAAUUUAUUCUGGUUCAGAUAGGGAACCAGUAGUCUGACUUAAAAGGGAGCAAAUCCUAUGAAAAGCAUAGUUGGAAUUGCAUGUGUUCACUUUUCUUUGGAAUAUGAGAGGCUGCUGGGCAGCAAAGCCUACCUCACCCCAUUCUGUUUUUGAAAACUGAGGAAGCAUAUGAAACAGCUAACUGUAUCAUGACAACUGUCUACACCAUCUGUCUGGUACCCUUCAGGUUUUUCUGUUAUUAUAACUCUUGUCAGCCCCAGCCAGCACGAUGAGUGGUCAGGAAUGAUGGGAGUUGUAGUCCAAAACAUCUGGAGGGCACCAGGGUGGGGAAGGUUAGUCUACAUACUUCAAAAGGUCUGAACUGCUGAGGGAAGUACAUAGGCCUUAACUCUGAGAUCAUUGAAGGAAUUUGGAAAGACAUCAGUUGACACCGUCACUGUUUGCACAGAUGGGAGUAUUGUCAGUUUUUUUCAGGUGUCCUGAAAAGAAACAACAAACAACAUUCUUGGAUAUCGGCACAGACAUGACAAUGAUUUAAAGAAUUAUACUUUUAUAGAUUUCCCUUUCAUAGCAAUUUAAAAUAGGCCACAAUAUAGUUUUCUAAUACAGAGGAGGUAUAUUUUACAGACUUAGAAAAAAAUGUGACUUUUGAGCUCUUAGUGUUUAAGCAGCAUUGCCUCUCUGUCUUGCUGUAACCUCAGAAUUGUUGGUGUUAGCAUCACUCGGUCUAGCUCAAAAAUCUGAGUUCUACUAAAUACAAAACCAGCAGAAGCCUAAACAUGCAAGAUGUUUGUUCAUCAUGAUAUCAAACAUGUGUCUUUAAUAGAAUAUCAUUUUCUCUCAAGUUUGCUAGUGGUGCCUUCCAGCACAUUAAAGAUACUGUCCUCUCGUCAUUAAGUCGAGAACCUACAGUGGACAUCUCCCCAGAUACAGUUGGAACACUAAGCCUAAUCAUGCUGGCUCAAGCUCAAGAAGUCUUUUUUCUAAAAGCUACCAGAGGUAUGUAAUGGUCUACUUGUAAUAUUUACAUUUCAGUUUUUUGUUUUGCUAGGAACUACAACAAUUAGCAUUGCUCCUAAUUUCAAUGAAAAGCUUUUCAGUGUGGUCAGCUGAGCAGUCCCAACUGGAGAAGACCUUCCCCAGAGUUUGGAGAGGAUGUCCCCUUUGGGCUCUGGGGAGGGUCUCAUUGCAAGCCUGCAAGUGGCACUUUGUUGAGGCUCUUCAGGUUUCUUCUCCCUAAUUCUGGAUUUCUGGGGCUACGUGUAAAUUGAACACACGUAAAUAGGGGUUGCCUAUAUAUUCCACUGUGUCCUCUAACAUGCACAUUCUGCAACCUCACCUGCUACCACAGCUAAGGAGCAGCUAGUGAACCACUGUCUUUUAUUAAUUUACCCUUAGUAAUGUAGAAAAUUGAUUGGGCCACUUGAUAAAUUUAUUUCAUAUUUUGCUGUAUUUAUAUAUGCAUUUAUAUCCCAUCUUAAAAAAAAUAUUACAAUGCAGCAAGCAAAAUAGUAUGAGCAAUAAAAUCUAUUAGUAACAUGCUGCUGGUUACAAACAAGCACAGCAACUGUUUGCUCUGGAGCUGGUUUGUUUUUUAUUAAGAUCAUGUAUUUCUGAAAGCUUAAUAAGAUUAUUGUAGGCUAGUAGAUUGCUAGAGUACUGACAUUUGAUUUAUAAGUUUGAGUAGAAAAUGUGGGGAGCAGUAGUUGUGGGGGGAAGUAUGGAUCAUCAUAUGCAUUUUAGAAGUGCAUCAACCAUUUGGAUUAUUUGCAAAGCAGAUUUGAAGAUGCUAUAAUAUAACUUUCACACAACAGCCUAGUUAAUACUUGGAUUUAAAAAGUGUGGUUCAAAACAGUGACAUGAUUAGAGCUUGCAAACCCUGAUAAGGCUCUUCUACCAAGUUUAUGUUGUAGAUGUGGAAUAUAAUGUCUGAUAACUGGACUUCCUUUUGGAAAUCUAUUAUUUGAUUUAGACAUUUCUGAGAAAUAUUGUAUUCUAUUAAUUCUAAGAGAUUUGAAUGAAAUUCUUUAAUAGGCUGUAAGUUCCAAAAGCUAAACAAUGUGGCUGCUUUAGUGUACAUAAAAUUUUCAGAACUUUUAACACAGACCACACAUUUCCACUGGAUUUUAAUAUGAUCUUACUCCUGUAAGUUGUACAUGCAAAAAGUACUGCCUUGCUACUGCUUUUCAAACUGUCAUAUGUUUUAAUGGUAUCUAUAUUUUGUUUUAGAUAAAAUGAAAGAUGCCAUCAUUGCUAAACUUGCAAAUCAAGCUGCUGACUAUUACGGCGACGCUUUCAAACAGUGUCAGUACAAGGAUACAUUACCCAAGGUUAGUAACUUCCUAGUGAAGGCGGCUUAUGAAGAAAGGAAAAUUUAGGAAUCAUAACUAAAUUUUGAAGAAUCCCACAUGAAGCCAAUGAAUACUUGCUAAUUGUUAUAGAUUUAGGAAAGCACAUGGAUUCAUUCCAACUUGUUGCUUCAACAUUAUGUCCUUCAGUUAGACAAUCUGGUUUAUUUAUUUAAAUUUAUAUACUGCUUGAUUGUAAAAAAUACAAACCUGUAAAAAAUGUUUUUACAAAAUUUUUAUUUGGGAUGUUUCUCUGACUCUCCCCCUCUGCCUGGGAAUGUGGUUUCAAUUCUUUACUAAAAAAUUAAUUCAAACUAACAUACUUCGUAAUGGAACUUAUGCUUCGGUCUUUACUGUACCAUCCUCUUUCGCAACCAAAAAACUGAUCUUGAGAUAGGCUUGGUGGCAGUAUGCGUGUGCUGUUGCUUGAUUUCAUGGCUUUCAGAAACAGAUAAUAAAAGCAAAAAUGUUAUUUCAAACUUCCUCCUUUUCAAGAUGUACGUUAGCUGUACUUGUGUCUCAGUUAUUUGGAUGCAGUCGCAACUCUAGAGUUGGUGUAAGGGCCUGUGUAAGUUAGUAAUAUGGUGCUUUUGUUAGGAGACAUUGCUGCUGGCUUGGAUAUCAAUCCUUAAAUUUUCAGAGGGGCUAUGUUUUCAGGUUCAGCAGCCCUCCUUUUCCUUGCUAUAGUUGCCGCUUGAGUUCAUGUGUCAACACUUUUUAAAUUAAUUUAGUAAAAGGGCUGGGUGUUGCUUUUCCACUAGAUUUGCCCCUUUGCUUCAUGCUCAGCACAGCUACUGAGAGUGAGCUAGGAAAGUCAGGAGGAGCUGAUAACAGGAUGGACCUUGGAAUAUGUGCACUGGUAUGCAGUUCAGUAAUUAUGACUCAUUCAUUUUAUGCCAACUUACACCUUGUUUACAUGUGCAACACAUAUAGCCUAUUCUGUGUCAAACCUUAAACCUGGUUGCAGGUGGAGAUCAUUUUUAAAGACUCUGUGUAUGUUUCAUAGGAAAGCAACAGGCUUUUAAAACGUUGCUGUAUUCUACCACUACCUUUUGUUGUGUGUAUAGACCAGACAUAAAGCUUUUUGUAGACCAGACAUAAAGCUUUCUUGGAAGAAUGUUUUAAAGUUUGAAUUCCUUUUGCACAAGCACUUUCAGUGAGGCUGCAAAUAGAAGAUGAUGUAACCUCUUACGUAAUCAUUGACAGGGAAGUAAUUAGAAGCUGCUUCAACAAUUGGAUCCAUUUUGCUAUGUUAGUCAAGUUUACACAUACUGUCUGUUCCACAUUGUCAUAUCCAGCAACUUCAAGAUGAAUUCUUCCCAUGUGAAUUGGCAGAUCACAGGGAUUCUCAAGAAUAGCACAAUCACAGUAGUUCCUCCUUGAAGAAUUAUGCUCAGUGGAUCUCUACCUCUUUCUGUGCAGUUAUGUAUUUAAUAUUCAGUAAGAACUUAAGCCUGCCAAUGGCCCAUUUAGUCCAGCAUCCUGUUUUCCUGGUGGUCAGCCAGAUGUUUGUGGGAAGCUGGGAAGCUGCACUCUCCUUGUGUGAUUCCUAGUACAGUAACUGCAUUCAGAGACCUCAGACCAUGGAGUUAGAACAUAGACAUUGUGGCUAGUAGCCAUCAAUAGUUUUAUCCUCCAUGAAUUUGUCUAAUCCUUUUUUUGAAUCCACCCAAGUUGGUGGCCGUCAUAACCUCUUGUGGGAGCAAAUUCUGGAGUUCUCCAUGCAGUAUGUGAAGAAAUUCUUUCUUUUGUCUGUCCCGAAUUUUCCAACAUUAUUUCAACAUUACUUCAAGUUCUAGUGUUAUGAGCGAGGGAUAAAACUAUUUCUCUAUCCACUCUUUCCACACCUUGUAUAAUUUUAUACACCUCUUUCACAUCUCAUUUUGCCUUUUCUCUAAGCUAAAAAGCUCCAAAUAAGAAAAAGCAGUUGCCAUGCAGAGAAAUAAAGCUGUACAUAGAUGCAUAUGUGGACUGACCCACAUAACUGUGAACCUUGUAACUGGCAAAAAAUGGCUCUAUAUUGCUCCUUUGUGUGAUCUUAUACUGGCUUCUGUUCAUAUAGUUGGAACUAUAUGGAAUAGCUGGUUGGCAUCCCAGCUGUACUUCCUCAUUCUUAUUUGAGUUGUUAAUCUUUGUUAAAUAAGAUUACUAAGCUUGGGUUCAGUUAGCUGAACUGAACUACUAAGCAAAUUUAAAAUGUGCCCAAAUUAUAUUUAUUUUUAUACAGCUGUGCUCAUACUUCCACCAAACUUCAUCCAUGUAAUGUUACAUGGGUGGGUGUCCAUGGCUUCUCAUGUCUUAACCUUUCUAAACCAUUAAUUGGGUGACUCUAAUGUCCUGUUCUUCUUCCUCUUUCCUCCUGCAUCCCAUGUUGUCUGUGAUGGUUUAUGUGGUUGGACUUUCCCCUGGUCAGUAUUUUUAUUUCCAGGAGGUGUUUCCUGUUCUGGCAGCAAAACACUGCAUAAUGCAGGCCAAUGCAGAAUACCACCAGUCUAUCCUGGCAAAGCAACAGAAGAAAUUUGGCGAAGAAAUCGCAAGAUUGCAAGUGAGUAACGUCAUUUCCUUUUUAGAAUGCUGUAAUUGGUUCUGGCUCUAGAAAGAUUUAAGUAUUGCCGGGGGGGGGGGGGGGGGCACCUGAAGACUUUUAAAAAUCACCUCGCAUCUGAUUUCAACCUCAAUUAGGAGGCUGAAGUCCAAGCCUGCAACAGUGUUAACUAAUGUACAGUGGUACCUCGGGUUACAUACACUUCAGUUUACAUACGCUUCAGGUUACAGACUCCGCUAACCCAGAAAUAGUACCUCGGGUUAAGAACUUUGCUUCAGGAUGAGAACAGAAAUCGUGCUCCAGCGGCGCGGCGGCAGCAGGAGGUGCCAUUAGCUAAAGUGGUGCUUCAGGUUAAGAACAGUUUCAGGUUAAGAGCGGACCUCGGGAACGAAUUAAGUACUUAACCCGAGGUACCACUGUAUUCCAUUUUGACAGUAAAAAAUUAACUGGAUGAUAAUUCUAUAGGAUGAAACAGAGUUUCUCAAACUGUGUUCUGCAGAAGCAAUCCAAGGGAUUGUAAAAGAAAGUUGUGAGAUUCAUUGAGCUGCAGCCACACAUAAUCAAAUGUACCACUUGAGCAAUUGUCCUGGAAAUCAUUUCCCCUUGCCAUGCUUUCCAGGGGUCGAAUCAGUAGUGGUAGGCAGAGCAGCAUUGCUUGCCUGGCUUUCCAAUGUUGAUAUGCUCCUGCCAGUUACCAAAGGCCAGCUGCCUCCAACCUCCCAUUCUCAGUAACCAGCAGCAACUUGUGGUGUUGGGAAGCCAGGUAAGCAAUGCUGCUCUGCCCAUGACAACCCACGACUGUGUUAGUGGUGCCAUUCAAGCACACACCACGAGAAUCCUUUCCCCUCCCGUUAGCACUUUCUAUUGAACUGCAGUCUGAUGGCAAGAAUUAAAUAUGCUGCUUCUUUAACAUAGUAAGAACUGUCUCAGAUAAGGGCCAAAGACUUUAAGGUUGACAAAGCAAAAACAUCUCCCUUCCACAGCAAAAAUAAAGAUUUUAAGAUGGAAGUGGCUUUCAUUACUCCUAAUGGCUACCACAGUGACAUUGAAACAAGGAUAAUAACAAUAAGAGUUAUUGUUAUUAUUUUAUUUAUUUAAUUUAGAUACUGCCCUUGAUGAAAAGAUCCCAGGGUGGUGUACAAUGUUAAGAACUCAUUUCACGGAGCGUAGUAAUGAAAACAUAGCACAAAGCAUAAUAGUAAAAUAAUCAUCAUAACUAUCUCCCCUGCACCACACCUUUAACAUGCCAUAGAUUAUUUAAUGGCCAAAGGCCUUUGUAAAAAAGGAAUGGUUUUGCCUGGUGCCUAAAGCCAUGCAAUAACGGCAAGAGGUGAGCCUCUGGGGGGGAGCAUUCUACAAAUGGGAGCCACUACAGAAAAGGUGUGUUCUUGCAUUGUCACCCUCCGAACCUCUCAGGGAAGGGGGACAUAGGGAAGGGCCUUGGAUGACAAGAGCAGAGUCUGGGUCAGUUCGUACAGGGAGAGGUAUUGAGGUUCUGAGCUUUGUAAGGCUUUAUAGGUCAACACCAGCACUUUGAAUUGGGCCCAGAAACUAAUUGGCAGCCAGAAGGCCGGAUUGGCGUUAUAUGCUUAAUGUGAAUAAGUGUGUGUGUGUGUGUGUGUGUGUGUGUGUAUACAGACACAUUUCUGUUUAUAGUACCAAGCUUUUUGUCCUUUCAUAUUUCCUCUUCCUCCUGUUCUAGGAAAAGGUGGAUUCUGCUGGGUUUUUUGCAGCAAAUAUAUUGUCACUAAAAAGGCACCUGAGCACUAUAAGAGUAACGUGUUCUGGACAUACUACGGUUUAUUCAUUUUUAUUGGGUUUAUUUUUUAUUGCUGGGUGUUUGUUAGGGACUUUGACCUAGCUUGAAACAGAAGUGUAUCUUUUGGGAAUCAGUUUAGAUAUUUAACUCUACUGGCAUUGAAAGUUUCAAUCCCAUAUUCACUUACAUGACAGUAAGUCCCAUGAAAUACAACAGGGCUUACUGAGUAGGCAUGUACAGUAUUGCACUGUAAAAGAGGAUAUCUGAACAUUAUGUUAGAAAGCAUUGGAGCAGAAACUAAAUAUUUGGUUCUGUAAAUUCCUGGCAAACACCUUGCAAACUCUUUUGGAUAUGUAUGUUACCUUUAUAGUCCUGAUUGUUUCUAUAUUAGAUAUUGCAGUUGUAUGUAGAAACCAAGUGUUAACUUUAACUUUAUUUUUAAUUUAGCAUGCUGCCGAUCUAGUAAAAACAGUGGCAUCUCGCUAUGAUGAAUAUAUAAAUGUAAAAGACUUGUCUGAUAAAAUCAGCCGUGCACUUACAGCUGCUAAGAAGGACAAUGACUUCAUCUAUCAUGACAGGAUACCUGAUCUUAAAGAUCUAGAGCCUAUUGGAAAAGCCAGUCUUGUGAAAGCCACUCCAGUUGUUGUCCCCUUGAGUCAGAAAUUUACUGGUAAGCAGGCUUUUUAUUGCAAUCUACCAUUUAACAUACAUUACAGCCAACAGUAACUUUCUAAUUUUUGGACUUAUGUUUUUGGACCUACCACCUUUUCACUAAAUGCUCAAGGGAGUGUAUUUUCUUGCUAUUGCGAGAUGUAUUGGUAAUCUUUCCAUUUUGAAGAUGGACUAACUGCUUCUGAAAAAGUUUAGUUUGCCUAUCACUGAGCAGUUGCUUAUUUAUUCACCUGCACCCCACCUUUUUCCCUGAUGGGACUCAAGGUAACUUACACAUAAAAAUGCAAACUGCUAAAAACAGGGGGGGAAAUAAUUAAAACAAUUAAGCAUUGUUAGAAGUAAAACUAUAUGCAUAUAUUAAAUCUAUUAAAAUCCAUGCAGAUAAUUUAAAUUAAAACAUUACGGCACCAGCCCUUUCAUUAAAAGUCCGUUUGCAAAAGCCUGUUAGAAGAAAAAUGUUUUGAGGUGUUCUUGUGUUAAACGUCGAUACUUUGCCUGUGUUAAAAUUUUGGUUGAAAGACUUCCCUUUCCAGAAGGCAAUGGAGAGCAUGUGCUGGUGGUUUGAUCUUUCCAGAUAAGUACCCUGGGGAGGUAGAGGUAUAAGCAUUGGGGUUUUUUGGUCAUCUUAGUAAUACUGCUCAUUUUAUAGAUUUGUUUGAGAAGAUGGUUCCCCUGGCAGUGCAGCAAGCUCUCACUCUCUACAACCAAAGAAAGGCAGACUUGGUUAACAGAUCAAUAGCCCAGAUGAGGGAGGCCACCAAUCUGGCAAAUGGGUGAGUUGAUGAUUCUGAGGUCUGACUUGGUAAAACAUUGCAUUCGUUUGGCAUGCCAAAGAGAUACUUUUGAAUAAAACAGAAGUUCAGUAUUAUUAAAGGUACGUUUUCAUGUCAUUUAAAUUUAUAUGUUGCCAAAAUUGUGUUUGGCAUUUGAAGAGUACAAUGACACUCAUAAAAAGAAGUCUUCAUUAGCAGUGACACCAUCAAGUAUUUUGUGUGUGGCAGAAAGCACACUGGACAAUUUGACUUUUACUUCAACGAUACUUGGUACAGGCAGCCCCCCUCCCGCCAUUUUAUGCAUGUUCAACCUGGAAGUGACCCGGAAAUGUCAUAAAGACUUCACUGAAACAUUCCUAAAAGGGCGAGGUGGGCAUUUGCAGGCUUUUUCAAUGGGUUUCCAUUAUAUGCAAUUUCACCUAUGCGAGCGGUGCUUUGGAACGUAACCUCUGUGUCAAUUGUGGGCUGCCUGUAAUUUUACUUUUUGCUACAGCAAACAGAAUAGUACAAGAGAAGACAGUAUAUUCUUAUACAUUGUUAAACGGGAAUGUUAACUCCCAACAAACUGUCAGUCAAGUGUCUUUAAAAGCUGGUUGGUGUCAAUUGAAGUGUCAAAUUGUCCUUCCCAGAGUGCUGGCUUCCCUCAAUCUCCCCGCUGCCAUAGAAGAUGUUUCUGGGGAUAGUGUUCCUCAGUCCAUUUUGCAGAAGUCUAAGUCUGUGAUUGAACAGGGAGGCGUCCAAACUAUUGAUCAGUUGAUGAAAGAUCUUCCGGAACUGUUACAGAGAAAUAGAGAGAUUCUGGAUGAGGUAAGCCUACAGUAAUACCAAUAGUCUAUACCGUUAGCACUUCAACUUACAUUUUACCAUAUUGUGGUAGUGGCAAAACCUGAGCUGAUAAAUUCUCACAUGUUCUUUGUUUAUUUACAAGAAACUAGAUCACCAUCUGUUUUAAAAAUAGAUUCCAUUUGAUUGGAUUCCAAGAUUUCAGUGUAUGUAUAUUCAUAUUUUGUUUCCCAAUAAAGGGAUGCGGGUGGCGCUGUGGUCUAAACCACAGAGCCUAGGGCUUGCAGAUCAGAAGGUCGGUUGUUCGAAUCCCCAUGACAGGGUGAGCUCCCAUUGUUCAGUCCCUGCUGCUGUCAACCUAGCAGUUCGAAAGCACAUCAAAGUGCAAGUAGAUAAAUAGGUACCGCUCUGGCGAGAAGGUAAAUGGAGUUUCUGUGCACUGCUCUGGUUCGCCAGAAGCAGUUUAGUCAUGCUGGCCACAUGACCAGGAAGCUGUCUGCGGACAAACAUCGGCUCCCUCGGCCAGUAAAGCGAGAUGAGCGCCUCAACCCCAGAGUCGUCUGUGACUGCACUUAACUGUCAGAGGUCCCUUUACCUUUAUAUGCAUAUUAUGUGUGUGUGUAAAAAUAUGCAUUGGGUGUUCAUAGGAAAUAGGUUUUCAAAGCAACACUGGAUUUGUUUCAUUCUAAAGACAUUGGGUGAUACCCAGUUCUGGCAGUCUGCUUGCAGAACAACUGUUCUACUAAGUAGGAACCUCAUUUUAGCACAGACCGACAGCCAGAUCCAGUGGAUGUUGUCUGCUUGUGAAUGAUAGUGCACAGUGACUAACACAACUGCUGCUAUCAUAGUUCUUGGUAACGGUUAUGCCUGUGCACUACUGUUUGCUCAACGAAUGCUCCAGCUUUCAAAACCUUUCACGAACACUGUUGAAUCUUGCCCACUUGCUUAAAUCCAGACUAAGUUGAAAUUGGAUGCCAUUCAAAUAAUUGGGAAAAGUUACAGGUACAGGUGAAGUCUACAUUCAGCACACUUUGCAUCGAUCCAGCCUUUCUUUAUGGUUUGAAGUUAUUUACGGUAAUUAAAAUAUUUUUAAAUAAUUUUAGUCUCUAAGGAUAUUGGAUGAAGAAGAAACAACAGAUAAUGAACUAAAGAACAAGUUCAAGGAACGUUGGCAAAGAACACCAUCAAAUGAUCUUUAUAAGCCUUUAAGAGCAGGUAAUAUUUGUUCUUCAUAACCUGGUACUGAGUUGCUGAAAUAUAUUGGCAUGAAGCUGAAUUCUGUGUUGAGAUUUAUCCCAAAAGGGAUUGGAGUGAUAAGGAGAGACAUCAGAGGAAGCAGAGUAAGAGCACCAUUCAUUGGACUCUGAACAACAGGUGGUCUCUUCUAAGUUCCUCUCUGGUCUGGUUACCUAGGUUUAGCACACCAGUGGCAAAAAGUAGUUGUACUACGUAUCAGUUCAGUAUAAUUCAGAAUAGUAAGAUUUCAAAUAAUAGGAUGAAAUGCACCAUAUUUGCUUACUCUUUGGGGAAAGGUGCAGAAUGGAGAUAGGAGAGCAACUUAAUUCUAUACUUAAGAAUUCAUUAUGCUGAAGAACCUUAACUUGAUACAUUACGGACCCCUUCAACUAUUUUUAAGUUUUACUCAUUGUCUCACAUUGUCCUCAGCAUGUGUGCUUUAAUUAUUGAGACUGAUUUUAUUUUAUUUUUUGCUGCUUUUAUUUCUUGAAUUUUCUUGUAUUGCAACUUGAAAUCUGUGGAAUUAAGAUCGUAAUAUGAUAAAGUAUGAUAAAAAUAGCAAUAAAAAUAGUUAAAAAUCAUACAGCAUCUAGCAUAAUACAUUGCAGUUGUUACAACAGAAAAAGCAUUAAGGGUAGACCCAGACAAUCUGCAGAUUCGAGUGGUUCAUGGGGGUGGGGGUGAGUUUGAGAAUCAUACCUGUUUUUAUAAGUUGUGUGCUGAAUUAUUUUUACUUUAGUGUUUUACUGUUUUGGAGCCAGCCCUGGGAUCAUGUGAUGAGGGGUGGACUAAAAAUUAUCUUUAUAAGUGGGUUUCAAUCAAUGGAAUUGUUUAAAUUCACACAAACACCAAUUUACUAAAUUAUUUGUAACACAGACUAAGUUUUUAAACUAGUAAUUGUACAGUAUUUUGUGUAUUGGUAAAAGAUGCAUGCUUGAGCAUCGGAUGAACCUAUUUAUUUAUUUAUUUUUUAUUUUUUGUAGAGGGAGCCAAUUACAGCAAUAUCUUGGAUAAAGCUGUGCAAGCUGACAAACAGGUUAAGGAACGUUACCAAUCGCAUCGUGAUACAAUUUCACUAUUAUGUAAACCAGAACCAGAACUGAAUGCAGCAAUUCCGUCAGCAAAUCCAGCAAAAACUAUGCAGGGAAGCGAGGUAAGAGAUUUAGAAAUUGCAUAUAAAGUUUCUUAACAAUUCUUAAUGAUUCAGUUCUUGAUUGAUAAUGUUCUGCCUUGAGAGACUACUAGAUAGAUUUAUUUAUUGCAUUAGCCGAGUGGCCAUAGCAUGAUAUACAUUGAAAUAACAACAUAAAAUGGGGGUGGGGAGGUAGAGGUAGACAUCGUCCUGGGCGAAUACUUAAAGAAAGUGAAAAAAAAAAAAAAAAAAGACUACUUAAAACAGGCUUCUUCAACCUCGGCCCUCCAGAUGUUUUGAGACUACAAUUCCCAGCAUCCCUGACCACUGGUCCUGCUAGCUAGGGCUCAUGGGGGUUGUAGGCCAAAAACAGCUGGAGGGCCGAGGUUGAGGAAGCCUGACUUAAAACUUAGGGUGAAGGGUUGUAAAAAUCUCCCUUAGAUAUUACAGGAGCACUGUUAAAGUGCUGCUUUCAUGGGUUCAUCUGACAACCCUGCUGUAAUGACCGGAAGCUUAUCACAGACUAGUCAUGGCCAAUUGCUCAAGUACUUAGCAUCUGAAUAUUGUUUCUGAUCCUGAAUGAGCAUUGGUUACAUGGAAAUGAUGUGUUUGUUUGGCAUCAGUCAUACUGUGUGGCAUAUUUAGACAUUAAAAUGAGGUGAACCAUUGGAAAAACACUGCUAAAGAUAAUGCAACGCAACCUUCUAAGAAUUACUUGUAGAAUAAUUCUACCUGGUUAAAGCAGUGGGAGAGAUGUGACAAUAGAGCCCAGUUUAUCAGCUUUGAUGAGAGACCAACUGGUGCUUGCAUUUGCUUGUUUUCCUCUUCCUGCCCCACCAUUUCUUCCAUGUGCUGUGUUUUUGUUUUUUACUUUGUAAGCCUGCAAGCAGGGACUGUUAACGUUCAAGACUUAGUAAAUUUUGUACAUGAGAGGAUGAUGUUAAUUUUAAAGUCUUCCAACGCAGCACAGAAACUUAAUCAUCUAUUAGGAAGAACUUCAUUUGAAAGGCAAAAUUAAUGGGACACAGGAGAUUGGGUUUUUUGUGUUGUGCUUUUUACAUAAAAAAUUCUGCAAGGCCUUCCCAGAUUACCUGAGUGUCAUGGCAUGGAAUGGAGAAUGGCCUACCCUGUUUGCCGUCCCCACCCAAUCUAUCUGAUAUAAAUUUAUAGGUCCUUGUAAGCAGCUCAUCAUCAUGAUCCAUUUUGUAAUUAAAAGCAAAAAUCAGAAAACUUCAUGGCCAGAUCUUCUAUAUGCCAUUUCAUUUUGCCCCAGAUUGGUCAAGUCUGUGUUCUGUGAUGCAACAAACUUAUCAGUGAGUUGGCCUCUGUAAGGCCCAGCCUUGCUAAGCUAAUUUUUUCAACGUACAGUCUUGAUGAUGCAGUAGUGGGAGAAAAUAAGUAUUUCAAAAACAACUGCUAGUUCUGACUCUUCUCUUUCUGGUGCAUAGUGGGAAAUAAGACUUAACAAGUGCCUCAAAGGACCAACAGUUAAUUGCACUUUGCUUUCUAGGUGGUGAAUGUCCUAAAAUCCUUGCUAGCUAAUCUGGAAGAAGUGAAAAAGCAGAGAGAGCAAUUAGAGAAUGAUCUGAAGGCAAUAAACUUUGACAUGACAACAAAAUUCCUAACAGCCCUUGCACAGGAUGGUACUUUAAAUGAAGAAGCCAUUUCUGUCACUGAGCUGGAUCGCAUUUACGGUAGUCUCACCCACAAAGUACAGGAGACCCUGAAAAAACAGGAGGAGCUGCUCAACAACAUUCAGGUAGUCUUAUUUUCUUUGUGAUACAUUUUAAGGGCCAGUUUGGCACAGUUGGUACCUGGGGGGCAGGGUGCUGGUAGUCAUUGAUUUCAGUGUGCUUGUAUCAAUUCAAACUUGCAAUUCAAACUUCUUCUAGUAGAUAAAUGUAUUUAUCUUAGUAGAGAUAAAUGCCUAUGGAAUAGUAUGAACUUUGUGAAACCCUCUUAAAAUGCUUUCUUUUUUCUCAUGGUAGAAUUCACAUCAGGAAUUUUCUAAGAUGAAGCAAUCAAAUAAUGAAUCCAAUUUAAGAGAAGAAGUUCUAAAGAAUUUAGCAGUUGCUAAUGACAAUUUUGUGGAACUUGUAGCCAACCUGAGAGAAGGCACAAAGGUAUCGUAAGGUCCAUCACCACAAAAAGCAAUACCACAGGUUUUAUUUUCUUCUUUUCCCUGGUCUGAUUGAUUAGUGAGUUUCAACAGGUGCAAUGUAAAGCAUUGCAAAAGCCCACUUGAAUAAAUGUAUAUACUAUAUUCUAGAGAGAACACAGGUCUUGAAUUAUAAAAGUUGAAAAUGGGGUGACAUUUCAUGUACUUAAUGCUACUUUGAUGGGAUGGGAUGAAAUGCCACAAAUUUCGGAGCAAGUAUUUAUGACCUAUAAUGACAAUAAGCAAUAAAACUGAAAGGGGGAAAUUCUAAACGAAAUACAAACAAAAAAUUGGAAGUUUGGGAAAUGGCAUCCCUUUGAGUUAUACAGAACCAAUAAAGAAGAGUUCUUAAUAUGUUCCUCUCAUUGCAGCCUUGAGUCUGCUUUGAAGUUAACACCUGUAGCACCUCUUUUUAGCAGAGAAAUGGGAAGAUAGAGAACAAGAGAGAAAAACUAAAAAAGAGAAUGGAAGACCCUGGCAGCCUGUUUGUUGGGGGUGUAUUGUUUUUUGUUUUAAACAUUUAUUCAUUUAAUGUUUAUUCAUUUAUUGCACCAUUUAUUCAUUUAUUGCACCUUUCAUCCCACCUUUCUCACCGAGGAGCUGGAGAGAUGGCUUGCAUAGUUUUCAUUUAAUCUCCACAACAACAACCCUGUAGGGUAGGUUAGGCCCAAGGUCACCCAGUGAGCUUCAUGGCUGAGUGGAGAUUUGAAGCCUGGUCUCCCAGGUACUAGUGGGGGUGUAUUGUAAUCAAAACUAGUGGGGGUGUAUUGUAAUCAAAACUUCUAGCAUUGCAAAUGGCACAAGGGAGGCAACAGAGGAAAGAGGUUGGGCUAACAGGAACAGUAUAUAAUUUGUUGCAGUGAUACUUAGGCUUAGCGCAGUAGAUAAGGUAUACAUUCCCUUUGUAUACAAGGUACAUUAUGUGUCCAGUCGUUGAUGUUGAGUGGACAGUGAGAUUUUUAAGCUUGUAAAACCAGAGCCUUUGUUCCAUCUGAAACACAUGCAUCUUAUUUAGGGCUCUUUGGACCAGAAUGUAAUGUAGUACGAAGUGAAGAAAUGUCAAAUCAUGGUCAUGAGAAUUGUCAGUUGACAUAUAUGGUCUUCACACUGUCCCUUAAGCACCUGCAGACUGUUUGCAUAUAAUUCCUUUGUAUGCAGUUCCACAUUUGCUUUUCCUAAUGGCGAUGCUGGAAAUAGCAGUGGACUAAAAUGUUUCCUUGUCAUCAGUUUUCUCACUUCUUGGAAAUAAGACUUAUGUCAAUAUCCAGCGCUUUGUUUUUAAAAUGCUUCUUGCUGGUGAGUAGUCACUGUUUUCUUCCUUCCUAGUUUUACAAUGAAUUGACUGAAAUCCUUCUGAAGUUCCAAAACAAAUGCACUGACAUUGUGUUUGCACGCAAAACGGAGAGAGAUGAACUUCUGAAGUAAGCUUGCUCCACCUUCAAAUAUUAGAUUAUAUUUCAUCUUAAUGGUUUUCUUAACUACCUUUGAGGGAAGAGUUCCUUCCAGUCAGGGGGACUUGAGAUCAGAGGUGACUCUUCAAAUGAUAAAUAUCCAUUUAUUGUAAAUGCUUGGUAGUAAUCUCUGAGAAAAUUACAGGAAAUGCUUAAGUCAUACUGCAGUAACUUAUUUAUGUGUGUCAAGACGUUGGCCAAUUAGUAAGGGCUAAAUAUGUAUAUAUUAUGCAUAGAGCCAGCUAUAUUCCUCUAUUCUGGUGGUGCCCCAACUUAAAAAUUGCCCAUGGUCUUGGCAGAUCACUUAAUGUUUUUUUCUGCCUUUUGUAGUUUAUGUCAUGUGUUUAAUGUUAUGUGGUUUUUAAUAGGAUUGCUACUUCUGUUUUUAAAGCCCUGUGUUUUAUUGUAUUUCAUAGAAUUCAAAACGUAAUACAAUGUAAGAAAGGAGUUGUUAAAAUGAAAUUAAUACAGACAUUUAUUGUGAUGGGUGCGUCAGUUCCCAUCUUCAGCCGCAAAUCCAGACAUGCUGUGGCUCACCAGAAUGAAGCUCACAGACCACAGUUUGGGGAUCCCUGCUCUAUUUCUUACAAACAUGUCUCUGGCAUUCUGCAGUUUUUGAACUUUUUUGUCUACAUACUUUAGGCAGCAAAUUUCACGUGUGUGGAUCCAGAGAAGUACAUACAGAGUUUUUCUUACAUUCUAGAGCUGCUGUGGUCCCUUUACAGCCUAUUUCAGCUGUUCUUCAGGGUCACGGACGAACACAUCCCUUGCAUGAGCAAAUUGGGCACUUUUGACAAGCUAUAGUGUCUGAAGUUUGGAGCAUGGUUUUCUUUGCAAUAGAAACAACAUUUUUGCUUCUUUCAAAUGCCAUUUGAUCCGAAAAGGCCGUAUUUAAUUCUGCUAAGCUUUGGUGAGAUUAAGCUCAACCUAAUUGCAGAGGUAAUUUGACCAGUUUUAUAAUAGCUUGGUAGCUUUCUCUGCAAAGACCCUGUGUAGGUGUGUAUUGAAUAUUAAUUCUAUGUUAGGUGGGGAAAUAUUGCAGCAAUCUAUUAUGUUUCAAAUCUUAUGAAAAACAUUUUCCUUUUAAGAGAUUUGCAGCAAAGUAUUGCUAGAGAACCCAGUGCGCCUUCUUUUCCUUCUGUGCCUGCAUACCAAACUGGGGGAAACAAACCUCCAGCCUCAUCAACUCCAACUCCAGCUCCCAGAACCAGCGUGGUAAGUAAAGGAGCCAUAAAAAAAUUUUCUAGUGUUAUUUGCCCUCAUAGCUGUUUCUUGAAUGAGAAACCACCUGUUCCGUGGUGGUUGCUAUUGCAGGUGGGCAGCAUUUCUGUUUGCUUAUUUAAAUAUAUACGAUACUACUUAGCAUUACAAAUCUUGAAGCGGUUUAUCAAGAUAGAAACGAUUUCAAAAAAAUAAAAAAUACAUGAACACAGUUUCAAUAAAAACAGUGCCCCAGUUAUCCACAAUACUAUAAGGCGGUUGGAUUAAUGUUACUAGUCAGGGAAAACCCAAGCCAGCAAAUAAGUUUUUCGUAAAGCAUUUCAGUGGUGGAGCAUUUCAGAAUGUAGGUGCCACUGUGAAGAAGGCCUGCUUUUGUGUUGCUCCCAGGUUCUGACACCAUCAGCAAGGUCUGUAAAGAUCUAGUCGACCUGCUGUGGUUACAUAGUACCCUCUUUGUCUGGCCCUUGGACCUCUUGCUAGACCGCUCCCCUUCGUCCCAGGCCACACCUGUCAGUGACCCAGCUUCACGUCCCCAGUAUUUAUGGCUGACUGGAAUUACUACUGUUAUUAUCAAUUGAAUUUAUACACCGCCCUAUACCCAGAGGUCUCAGGGCGGUUCACAGAAUAAAAUCAAAAUAUAAAACCACAAAAUACAUAAUCAAAAUAAAAACAACAACCCAAUAAUCGCCCACCCCCCAAAAACCACAUUUUAAAAGGGCAUAGGAUCCUCACAACAUUUAAAGUAAGACAGUUAACAAACCUGGAUAGGAGCCACUCAUUGGAAAGACUGUGAUCUCAGAAAUGUCUGUGGCAAGAUUUAUUCGCAAUCUAAUUGGCCAGGUGUGGAAUGUGUCCUUAACCUCUGUUAGAGGAUGGAGAGAACGGGUGGGUGUAUAAGGGAUUAUUGGAACUAGCACAAAGGUAACAUUUAUAUUAACUGGUAAAGGUAAUAUUUGUAUCCGCACUGGCAGGUGGCCCCCAGAAGGUUAUAUGGCCCUUGGGAUUAAAAUAUAGCGAAUAGGUAGCAUGGCCUUGGGCUGUUCAGAGCUUAGACUUGAAGCCUUGUUUCUUGACUUACGUUUCCUAUUGUUUUUCAGAGCCUAUUCUGCUUAGUGCCACACACAGAUGAUAGCAUUGUAGUUUAUGUCUAUGCAGCUCACACCUAACUCCACUUUUCUUAUUUAGGCCAGUAAACCACAGCCCCCAGCACGCCCUCCCCCGCCGGUGAUUUCUUCGGCAAAUGCACUCACUACUCCUGUACAAGCAGCCAUUGGGACAGCACCUUCUCCGGCUGGCUCUACGGCUAGCACAGCACCUUCACAGGCUCAGGGGCCGCCUUAUCCGACAUAUCCAGGAUACCCUGGGUAAGUUUGCAAAGAAAAAAGAAAGACCUUAAGCACCACUUGAGAGAUUAGAUUGCUCUUAAUUAUUCAGCAGUAGUCGUCUUCUUUGACGAUCACUCACUCAUAGCCAAGUAAAGAUUGUCUUCCAAAAACAAGGUCUUAACAGUGAGUCCGUAAGUGACUGGAGGCCAAUUCUGGAUCCGCAUGUCCUUCCACAGUGGGGACAUAGGUUUCUGGGUGGGAGCUGGUUACGGUGAGGGUUUGCCAAGUGUGCCUUCCUCUUAGCAUGUUUCUCCCUUUUGUCCUGAGUUCGAGCGUCUUCAAAGCCCAUGACAUCUUUGGUAAAGGCUGUUCUCCAGUUGGAGCACUCGAGGGCAGUAUUUCCCAGUUGUCGGUGUUUAUACUCCAUUUUUUUAGAUUUGCCUUGAGAGCCUUUAAACCUCUUUUGUUGACCACCAGCAUUAUGCUUUCCAUUUUUAAGUUUGGAAUAGAGUAAUUGCUUUGGAAGACGUUAAUCAGGCAUCCGAACAAGAUGACCAGUCCAACGAAGUUGAUGUUGAAUCAUUGCUUUGACGCUGGUGAUCUUUGCUUCUUCCUGUACACUGGCAUUAGCUUGCCUGUCUUCCCAAGUGAUGUGUAACAAUUUUUCGGAGACACUGUUGAUGGAAUCUUUCAGGGAGUUGGAGAUGGCGUUUACAAGCGGUCCGUGUUUCACAAGCAAUAGUAGCACCAAGUUAAAGCUUAAGAGUAGAGCUCUUGCUAGUGGAAGUUAUUGUGGCAGGAGGAUGUCAGAAUGGGACCUCCCCUAGAGUAUUAAGACCCUAUUAAGGAUUCCAAAAUUCUGGAAAGCUGUUUUUUUAGCAGAAGGUUUGAUGGGCUAUGGAGAGGGAGAUCCUUCAGAAGGCCAACUGGAGAGGUUUAUGUGCUCUGUGGUAUUGUAACUGUACAUCCUGCCACUUUUUGUUUUUACAGAUACUGCCAGAUGCCUAUGCCAAUGGGCUACAAUCCUUACAUGUAUGGCCAGUUCAAUCUGCCAUACAAUCCUGCGGCUAUGUACCAAAAUCCUGGACAAACACCGUAUCCAGGACCACAGCAGCAUGGAUAUCCUUACCCACAACACCCUCCACAACAGCCUGGAUAUCCUUAUCCACAGCAAUAACAUAUCUGCAAAGAAGCACUGCUUGUUAUAACUAAGAGAAACUUGCAAUAAGCAUACUAAAUCUUUAGUUCCAGUUAGUGUACCUCGCUGUAUUGAAAACGCUCCGUAACUUUUCUCUGGUUAGAUUCUCAAACAUUCUGUGCUCCCGAUUGGAUUCUGACUGUAUUAAACCUCUUAAAGGAUCAGCAGGCUGCAUCUGUAGUACGUGAACAGAAUUAGAUCACAGCAAACGGUGUGAACUACACUUAAACCAAAAUUCUUUAUUAAAAAAAAAAGUAAUUUCCUAUAAAUAGUAUUUGGGGUAAUUGAGAUGAAAAGCAAAAGGAAUUGCACUGGGUGAGAUUUAGUCCACAAGACUAAAUGCGGUUUCCUUCUAUAUUUUGCUGGUUUGUAUUUUGGGUAUCGGUUUAGCUCACAAUCAAGACAUUGUAAAUCUUAAGUGCAACAUAAUAUUGCAUAGAGUUGGUUUAGAAAUGUUUAACAGUAGAUAUUUCUUACUACCCUAUAACUGGUGUUAUGUUUCUGAAGUUUGGGUGCACUCUUUGGCGUUGGUUUUUGAAGCCGAGGUUUCUGCUAAACACUCAAGGAUGGAGACUGGUUGUAUUUAAGUUCCUGUAAUAUACAAAUGAUUCCAUAGAUCAAUAUUAUGUUACCCCAGAAUGAGCAAGAAAAAUAAAUAAAUCUGCAUAUUUUUAUUGAAUCUUUCAGAAGACGCUUUCAAGUUGUAAGAUGUUCAUCAGUGAUGAUUUGCAAAAAAAUGUUGCUAAAUUGCUAUUCAUGACUGGCUGAGAAGUAAAACACUUGACAUUUAUUUUG